AUGUCGUCUCGAUACACCUGUCUCCGCCUUGCGCGACUCGCGGCACGCCACCCAUGCCGGAGGAGCUUCGCGACCGUCACCUCAGGCUCCGCGCCUCGUAGUUCAGAGCACAUCCGCAUCGUCGAAGUCGGACCGAGGGAUGGACUACAGAAUGAGAAGCAGAGUAUAUCUCUGGCAACAAAGAUGCAGCUCAUAGAGAGACUGGCGCGGACGGGACUAGAGACAAUCGAAGCUGGGUCUUUCGUAUCACCAAAAUGGGUCCCUCAGAUGGCUAACUCCUCCGAAAUCCUCCAACAUAUCCUCCAAUCGCCUCCCCCCUCCAAAAUACCCAUAACCUACCAGUUCCUCCUCCCAAACAUCAAAGGCCUCGACAACUUCAUGACCACCUACGACUCCUUCAACAACUCCAAAUCAGCAGAAGACUCGUAUCCAACGCCCCCAAACACCCCUCCCGCUGAAAACACAUCCUCGCAAGACCCGAAUGCCUCCUCAAUCUCACCCGAACAAACCCCCAAAAUCGAACUCUCCCUCUUUACUGCCGCCACCGAGUCUUUCACGCAAAAGAACACCAACUGCUCGAUCGCCGAGUCCCUAAAACGAUUUGAACCCAUAAUGUCCCGCGCCAAAAGCCUCGCCCUCCCCGUCCGCGCCUACAUCUCCGUCGCGCUCGGCUGCCCCUACGAAGGGCCGGACACAGACCCCCACCGCGUCGCCGAGUUAGCUGUCAGCUUGCUCGAAAUGGGCGCCGACGAGAUAAGCGUUGGAGACACUACGGGCAUGGGCACGGCGCCCAAAACCGCUGCCCUCUUGAAAGUGUUGAAGGAGGCGGGCGUCGAGACGAAAGACCUAGCUCUACAUUUCCACGAUACCUAUGGCAUGGCACUAGUUAAUACAGUGGUGGCGUUGGAGCAUGGGGUCAGGACGUUCGACGCGAGCGUGAGCGGGCUGGGUGGGUGUCCGUAUAGCCCCGGCGCGACGGGGAAUGUUGCGACGGAGGAUCUGGUGCAUUUGGUGAACAGUCUGGGGGCGAGCACGGGGGUGGACUUGGAGGAGCUUAGUAAAGUAGGGGAGUGGAUUAGUGGGGAGCUGGGGAGGAGGAAUGAUGCGAAUGCCGGGAAAGCCGUGCUGGCGAGGUUAGCGAAGGGGAGAUAG